AUGAGAAAUAUCUUGAUCUUAGCUGUUUCUGCAAUAAUUGGAUUCGCAAGAGCCGAUUACAACAAUCAAUGCAAUGAUAACAUUGUUGACUAUUGGGGUCAAAAUUCUUAUGGUGCUGCUAACGGCAAUGAUCCAUCUGGUUGGCAACAACCUUUGAAAUUCUAUUGUGAUGAUGAUUCCGUUGAUGUCCUGCCAAUUUCUUUCUUAACCACCUUUUUUGGUGUUGGUGGCGAACCCCAAAUCAAUCUCGCAAACUACUGUAACAGUGUGGAUAAUGCUACUUUCCCAGGAACCGGCCUCGCAAAUUGUCAGAAUAUCGCCCCUGAAAUUGAAUACUGUCAAAAAAAGGGUAAAUUGAUUACCUUAUCAUUGGGUGGUGCCACAGGUGGUGCUGGAUUUCAAUCUGACGCUCAGGCUACUGCCUUUGCCGACACCAUUUGGAACCUCUUUUUAGGCGGUAGUUCGAAGACGCGUCCUUUUGGCGAUGCUGUGUUAGAUGGUAUUGAUCUCGAUAUUGAAGGCGGUGGACCUAAUUAUUAUGUAACUUUUCUUAACAAAUUAAAUACAUACUUCAAAUCGUCCAGCAAGAAGUAUUAUGUAACAGCUGCCCCUCAAUGUGUUUAUCCUGACGCUAACCUUCAAACUGCCUUGAAUGGCUAUCCUUUUGACGCCGUUUAUGUCCAAUUCUACAACAAUCCCUGUGGUCUUCAAAACUAUAACUCACCCUCUCAAUGGAAUUUCGGUACUUGGGAUAUUUGGGCACGUACCAUCUCCCCUAAUCCGGAUGUCAAGAUUUACAUCGGCGCUCCUGCAAGUGCCUCCGCUGCUGGUGGCGGUUAUGUUCCUGCAGAUACCCUUUUAAAGAUUGCUUUGGCCACACGUGCUGCUUUCCCCUCUUUUGGUGGUGUCAUGUUCUGGGAUGCUUCCCAGGCACACAAGAAUAACCAAAUCGAUGCUGCCAUGAAAAAUGGUAUGAAAUCUGGUAAGAAAUGUGACAACAGUUUUGUAUACCCAACAUGUACUGCCCCCGCCUUUGUUGCUGGUAAUACUUAUACCAAUGGUGCCACUGUUUCUUACAAGGGUUAUAUGUGGACUACUAAAUGGUGGACAGCAACUGUUCCUAAUGGAAGUGUGACUAGUGAUUGGUCUCCAAUUAGUGCAUGUGCUGGCGGAACCCUUGGUGAUGGAUCUACAUCUGUCACAACUAAGACCGUGUCUGCUUCUGCUACGACUAGUUCUACAACUUCUACCACCAGCCCAUCUACAACUUCUACAACAAGUGUUUCUGCUUCUACCACCAUUGCUAGCACAUCUGAAGUCCCUACUACCAGCGCAUCUGCCACAACAACAAGCACCUCGGCUGUUGCUACUUCUUCCUCAACUCCUUUACCCGCUGAUAGCUGCACUGGUGUGGAUUCAUGGUCCAGCACAGCCGCAUAUACUUCUGGCAAGAUGGUGAUUUAUAACUCAGAACUUUGGAAGGCAGCUUGGUGGUCAUUGAACGAUAAGCCCGGAGGAACAUCCGGUGCAUGGACCAAGGUCAAGAGCUGUCCAUCCAUUGCUGCCAGAUCCGUAGCAGAAAAAUGCAAUCAUACCCGAUGGAGCAAGAGAAAGACUUACAAGGUUGGCAGCAAAGUAAUGCAUAAGAGAGAAGUUUUUGUUGCAUCCAAGGUGAACAAUAAUCAAUCACCUGAUAUUCAUGUAACCGUUUGGGCAAAAGAUGGCGAUUGUUCAUAAACUGGAUAAGGACAUCUUUCCCUCCC